AUGCCUUUUGCUCAGCUUGUACUAGGCAGCCCAGGGUCGGGCAAGAGCACCUACUGCGAUGGCAUGCACCAGUUCUUGGGCGCAAUCGGCCGCGCUUGCUCCGUCGUGAAUCUCGAUCCAGCGAACGACCAUACCAACUAUCCCUGCGCCCUCGACAUUAGAAGCCUCGUGAAGCUUGAAGAUAUCAUGCGAGAGGACAGGCUCGGCCCUAACGGCGGGAUCCUGUAUGCCCUGGAAGAGCUGGAACACAACUACGAGUGGCUUGAGGAGGGACUGAAGGAAUUCGACCAGGACUACGUUUUAUUUGACUGCCCUGGCCAAGUCGAGCUAUACACACAUCACAACUCUUUGCGUAACAUAUUCUUCAAGCUGCAAAAGCGCGGGUUCCGGUUUGUUGCUGUUCACCUGUCCGAUUCAAUUUGUCUCAGCCAACCCUCCCUGUAUGUCUCCAAUGUCCUGCUGUCCCUCCGGGCCAUGAUUCAAAUGGACAUGCCACACGUAAACGUCCUCUCCAAAAUCGACAAAGUCGCCUCAUAUGAUGAGCUUCCGUUCAACCUCGAAUACUACACCGACGUCGACGACCUAACAUAUCUAACGCCUUAUCUUGAGGCCGAAUCUCCCGUACUGCGAAGCGAAAAAUUCGGGAAACUGAACGAGGCUAUUGCGAACAUGAUCGAAAACUAUGGGUUGGUGCGCUAUGAGGUGCUUGCGGUCGAGAAUAAGAAGAGCAUGACACAUCUUCUUCGCGUAAUAGACAGAGCUGGUGGGUAUGUUUUUGGUAGCGCCGAAGGCGCCAAUGACACCGUGUGGGCAGUAGCUAUGCGGAACGAGGCAUCCAUGAUGGAUGUUCAGGAUAUCCAAGAGCGAUGGAUAGACCAGAAAGACGAAUAUGACCGGAUGGAGCAAGAGGCAGAAGAUGAGGCCCGGCGCGAGCAGGAGCAGCAAGCCAUGGACCUGGAUAUACAGCCGUCGCAACCAUCGGCGCCAAGUAACCCUGAGAUGGACCCGGACUUUGGGGACAUGUCCGUCCCAGCUGAUAGUGGCAUCAAAGUAGUCAGGAAACAAUGA